UGUUUUAUAGCUCAGGUUGUCGGCUAAAUAAUCCUGAUGAUUGAAUCAUUUUACCUAAUUAAUGUGAAUGAUUGAAGAAAUUUACACAACACUGUUCUUGUCAAUUAAUUCUUUUGUAGGAGUGACAUUAAGAUACGUUCUAAAUUUUUUUAUGCAAAAUCAUUGUUUAGUCGGUUGUGUUCCUUACCUCAAUGGAUACAUCUAGUCACGAAGAUAUUGAAUCAGCAGACCCUAAAUUUGUGAAAUUUGAUCGAUGCAUCGGCUGUAUUGAGGAAAUAAUAAUAAGCGAAGAAUUCUUGAAAAUUCAGCACAACUUCAUAGCCAAACACUGUAUAAUGUUCGAUGAUAAAGAAGAGAAUAAGCUAAUCUAUACCAGCAUAUUUCAAGAUUAUGCUCAGCUGGCUGAAACAUAUCUUGAGCAAAAAUUGAAGCAAAGCAUUCCAGAUUUUUCUAUGAAAGAAUUCUGUAGAGAAUUGAGUCAUCAGCCAGUUCUUGAUGGAGAAGUGUUCGACAUGCUGCGUGAAUGCAUUGAUUUCUGUUCGUUCAAAACAAUGAUGGUUGAUUUUAAAACGAGCCGAAAUCGAGACAACCUUCUACUCAGCGGCUUCAAGAUUUCGCCCGGUUAAUAAACCGAAUUGUAAUGCUUCUCUUACAGGUUGUUACUGUAUUUAUUAUUUGUACACCUACUAAAGCCACUCUUGUCAAAUGAAACGCAAUAAAUCAUUUUCAUUAUU